AUGUCUGAAGCUGUUGUAGAAAAAACCACGAAGGUUGAAAAUCCUGUUACUAAAAACAAUAAAAAUGACUCGAACUCCACGGAUAAUGACUUAGAUUUUAAAACGUUAUUCGUAAGAUCAAUUCCAUUAGAUACCACUGAUGGAGAAUUAGCAGAUUAUUUCUCCAAUUUUGCACCCAUUAGACAUGCUGUUAUUGUUAAAGAUGAUCAAAAACGUUCAAGAGGUUUUGGUUUUGUUACAUUUGCAGUUGAAGAAGAUACAAAAGAAGCAUUAAAGCAAGCUAGAAAGACUAAGUUGAAAAACCAUUUAAUUAGAGUUGAUAUUGCUAAAAGAAGAGAUCGUAAUAAAACUAAAGCUUCAUCUGAGCAGAUUAGUAAUGAUCAAAAUUCUGAAAAGAAACAGGUUAUAGAUAAUCAUGGCGAAUAUAAUAAUGACAACGAAGAUCCUGAAGAUUCUGAAUUCAAAGGGAAGCCUAAAUUAAUUAUUAGAAAUAUGCCUUGGAGCUGUAGAGAUCCAAUUAAGUUAAAGAAGAUAUUUAGUAGAUUUGGUAACGUAGUUGAUGCUAGUAUUCCAAGAAAGAGAGAUGGUAAAUUAUGCGGGUUUGCUUUUGUCACUAUGAAAAAAAUCAGCAAUUGUAGAAUCGCACUAGAAAAUACUAAGGAUUUAAAAAUUGAUGGUAGGGCAGUUGCUGUAGAUUUUGCUAUACAAAAAAAUAGAUGGGAAGACUAUAAGAAAACUCAUAACGAUAUCCAAGAAGAAGAUCAAAAAGAUGAUUCUAGCACAUCAGAAUCUUCGAAUAGCAGCGAUUCUUCUUCAGAUAAUGACUCCAAUGAUGAUGAUACUUCUGAUAGUGAUAUUGAAUUAGAUGACGAUGAAGAAGUCACUGAAGAAGAAAAUAAAAUUGAACAACAAGAAAAAUCAAAACAGAAUAGAAGAGAAGAUUUUUCAGUAUUUGUUAGAAAUGUUCCAUAUGAUGCAAGUGAAGAAUCUUUGGUCGAACAUUUUACUAAAUUUGGACCAGUAAAGUAUGCUCUGCCUGUUAUUGAUAGGGAAACUGGGUUAGCCAAAGGUACUGCAUUUGUCGCUUUUCGCAACAAAGAUGCUUAUGAAAAGUGUGUUACUAAUGCACCAGCUGCGGGAUCUACCUCUCUUUUGAUUGGUGAUGAUGUGCUGCCUGAAUAUGUUUAUGAAGGUCGUGUACUAUCCGUUACUCCCACAUUAGAUAGAGAAAAUGCUAACCGUAUGGCUGAAAAAAAUGCUGAAAAGAGAAAAGUUACUUUAGGUAAAGCUCCUACUGAACGUGAUAAACGUAACAUGUACUUAUUGAAUGAAGGUAAGAUAGUUGAAGGUACCAAAUUAGCUCAACUUUUGUCAAAAACAGAUAUGGAAGUGAGAGAAAAGUCUUAUAAUCUAAGAGUUGAGCAGUUAAAGAAAAACCCUUCAUUACAUUUAUCGAUGACUAGAUUGGCAAUCAGAAAUAUACCAAGAGCUAUGACUGAAAAAUCAUUAAAAGCAUUAGGUCGUAGAGCAGUCGUCGAAUUUGCUACCGAAGUUAAAAAUGGAGUAAGGCAUCAAUUAAGUAAAGAAGAAAUUCAAAGAUCAACCAAGGAAAAGUAUAAAUUUAUGACUGAAGAGCAAAUUGAGCAACAAAAGAAAAAGGAUAAAAAACAAGGUCUUGUUAGACAAGCCAAAAUUAUUAUGGAAGUCAAGGGAUCCACUAUUGGUAGAAGUAGAGGUUAUGGUUUUAUUGAAUAUAGAGAUCAUAAGAGCGCCUUAAUGGGUUUAAGAUGGUUGAAUGCACAUAAAAUUACUACUGAAGAAAUCUUAGAAGGUCUAACAGAUGAUGAAAAGAAAUCUAUUUCAACAGAACAAUUACAAAGCAGACGUUUAGUUGUUGAAUUUGCUAUUGAAAAUGCUAACGUCGUUAAGAGAAGAAGAGAGAAUACUCUUAAAGCUAGAGAAGGUGGUCAAAAGAGAACUCGAGAGGAUGAUAAUGAUCACACAGGUGGAUACAGAGGCGUACCUAGAGACGACAAAAAAAGUGAUCGUAAAGGUAAACGUGAUGGCAGACCAGCAUUUAAAAAAGGUAAGUUCAAUGAUAGAACUGAUAAAAUGCAAAAUAAUGAUAGAGAAAAUAGAAAUAAAUCAUCUAAAAAAGACAGUGGCUUAAGUGAUGAUGUCAAGAAAAUCAUCGGCAUGAAACGUAAAAGAAGAAAUACCAGAAAAUAA